CACCGUUCCUCACCUGCUCAUAACAUUACUCACAACAUGGCACCUGCUGGAGGGGGUGUUGUGCUGGCGGCUCUGUCGCUGCUGUACUUCUGCGGAGCUAUUUUAUCCAGCGAGUAUUUCUCCACCUUGACUUUGUUCAACAGCGACCUUCACAAGCACGGCUGCAGCUCUCCGGCCGAGUGGGAGGAGCAUGCGGCGGACUGCGAGUCGGCUGUCCUGCAGCUGGAGGAUCCGGACUGUGAAGAGGGGAGCGACCCGCCCUGCGAGUCCAUCUUUUCACUCAAUGCAGAGAAAAUCCUUAAUCAGGCAAAGCUGUUUGUCGAACAGCGUCGGUUUCCGUUCGCUGUGGAAAACCACAAUACCAAUGAAGAGCUUGCCAUUGGCUAUGUUCUCAUUGGAAAUGGCCUGUACGAUGAAGCUAUCAAGCACUUCUCAUUACUGCUACAGGGAGAUCCUGAGCUGGUCAGUGCCAUCUAUGGACGGGGAAUAGCCUACGGCAAAAAGAGUCUGCAGGACAUAAAGAAUGCAGACUUGGCUCUGUAUGAGUUGAGCAGAGUGAUCGCACUGGAGCCCAGCAGACCAGAAGUGUACGAGCAAAGGGCGGAGAUUCUGUCUCCUCUGGGCCGCAUCAGUGAAGCUCUGUCUGAUCUGACUAAAGCCAUACAGCUGCAGCCUUCAGCCCGACUCUACAGACACAGAGGAACACUGCUCUUCAUAUCAGAGGAUUAUAUAGCAGCCAUGGAGGAUUUCCAGCAGUCUCUAGAGCUGAAGAAGAACCAGCCCAUCGCUAUGCUCUAUAAAGGCCUGACCUUCUUCCACAGGGGCCUCCUUAAGGAGGCUAUAGAGGUGUUUAAAGAAGCUCUCAAAUUGAAGUCAGACUUCAGAGAUGCAUAUAAAAGCUUGGGUCAGGCUUACAGGGAGUUGGGUGAUUUUGAGAAUGCUAUGGAGAGCUUCCAGAAAGCUCUGUUACUGGAUCAGAACCAUAUCCAUUCUCUCCAGCUCAGAGGAAUGAUGCUGUACCAUCACGGCAGCCUGCAGGAGGCCAUUGGCAACUUUAAGAGAUGUCUGCAGCUGGAGCCGUAUAAUGAAGUGUGUCAGUACAUGAAGGGUCUCAGUCACGUGGCCAUGGGCCAGUUCUACGAGGGCAUUAAAGAUCAGACUAAAGUCAUGCUCAACGACCCUCUCUUGGGACAGAAAGCCAGCUCAGAGUAUCUCAAAGUCAAAUAUCUCAGAGAAUACUCCCGUUAUCUACACUCUCAUCUGGAUGUACCUGUGGCGGAGUAUAAUGUUGAUCAGGAUUUGCCGGGAAACUUUAAAAACCACUGGGCAAAAAAUCUUCCCUUCCUCAUCGAGGAUUAUGAAGAACAGCCUGGACUUCAGCCUCAUAUUAAAGAUGUUCUACCUCAGAACUUUGACAGUUACUCUGCUGAAGUUCAGAAGCUGAUCUGUACAGCGGAUCGCCUCGGCGCACUGAUGCAGUACGACACAUUAGGGUUCUUACCAAACCUCAGAAUACACAGAGCGAUGGGCUUGGCCACCAUAGAGGUGAUGCAGGCCAUGCAGCGCACCUGGAGUAACUCGAAGGUCCGAGUCAACGGAAAGACCAGACAGCUGCAGUGGAGAGACAUGUUUGACAUCGCAGUGAAAUGGAGAAGGAUUGCAGAUCCAGACCAGCCUGUGCUGUGGUUGGAUCAGAUGCCUGCCAGGAGACUUAGCAGAGGAUUUAACAACCACAUUAACCUCAUCAGAGGCCAGAUCAUUAAUAUCAGAUAUCUGGAGUAUUUCAGUAGUAUUCUCAGCUUUGUGAAGGAAAGACUACUGGUUUAUCAUGGGGCGUAUAACCUGCGGGGGCUUCAGGAAGUAAAGCAGGCUCUGGAAAAUGUGAAUAAAGUGGAGGAUCUGCUGCCCAUCAUGAAGUUCAACAGUAAAACCAGAGACGGCUUCACAGUCAACUCUAAAGUGCCCAGUAUGAAGGAUCCUGGGAAAGAAUACGACGGAUUCACCAUCACCAUCACCAUCACCGGAGAUCGAGUGGGGAACAUGCUGUUUUCAGUCGAGACUCAGACCACAGAUGAGAGGACGCAGCAGUAUCAGUCAGAAAUUGAAGCGCUCUAUAAAGAUCUCACCGCUAAAGGCAAAACCCUGAUGCUCUCCACUGAACUCGGGGAUGCAGAUGCUGUGUGUAAUUUAAUUCUUUCUCUGGUGUAUUACUUCUGUAACCUCAUGCCACUCUCCAGAGGCUCCAGUGUUGUGGCAUACUCUGUGGUGAUGGGAGCUCUGAUGGCCAGCGGGAAAGAGGUGCUGGGCCGAAUCCCAUCUGGAAAGCUGUUUGAUUUUGAGGCCAUGACUACAGCCAGCCCUGAUCGCUUCAGCAAGACCGUCAAGAGUUGGAUGAACUUAAAGAGUUUGCCGAGUUGGUACCAGAACCUUACAUCGGUUUCAGAGACGUUCCAGUUAACGAGGACCAUGAUUGAAGUUCUCAACACAGACUCGUCUUCGCACUGUCCCAAGAAAUCCUGAACUUGAAAAACCAAUAAUAUAUUUAAAACAAAAAGGGCCGUCUCUACUCAGGGCAUCUUUGCUCACAGUCCUGACUUUUACAUGGUUUUUACAUAUCGAAUAUCAGAACAAAUUCUCUUUGAUUUUAGCUUUUAUAUUUCCACAAAUACAGAGAAGAGAGUUUACUCUUUAUUCAAAUUUUAAAUUAAAUAUAAAUUUGGGUCGCCCUUUAUUAUGUCAUUAAAGUUCAGCAAUUGAGAGCAUUAUCUGAGUUUGAAAAGAACUGCAGAAAAUGUAGCGCAAUAUAAUUGAAAAUCUUUAUUAAGUUAUUAUUCAUCAGUUGCUUUUCAUGGACCUUUUUGGUUUUAGAAUCAAAUCGGUGACUUGUUGCGGAGAUGUCCUUUGAAGAGUUUAUUAAGCAAUAUUCUUCAGCUCUGAGUUCCUUUCUGAAUACUUGAACACAGUGGGGAAAUAAGUUUGCAAAUGUUUGUGUUUGUUUGAAAGACAGAAGUUGGUAAUAUUGCCAUGUUCACUGUCCACACUGGCUUCUUUAUCAUUUUUGUUGUCUCUAUUUAAUGGCUCAACUGAAUAUUGUGCGCUCAGAUUCUGUGUUCAUGUGACCUUAAACACUGGGAACAGCUGCGCCUCAAUCUAUAGUUGACUUAAAGCAAAAAAAAAGUCUUAUAUUUCGUAAAUCUUCUACAUCUUUGGUUUUAUUUGAUCUUAAGGGUCCAUUUUAAGGGUCCAGUUUUCUUCAUGUCAUGGUUGGUGCUUUUUGGCAAAGACUUAUUUCCUUUAUUUUCCUGUGAAAAAAUAAUUUAGAAAAACAGGGGCUAUUUUCCAUGAGGGAAAAUGAAGGUUGGUUCUUUAACGCACAAAAAAACUUUAAAGUGGAAAAUCAAUAAAAGCAGUUCAAUGAAACCACUGUUGUUGUAUUUUAAACCCCCCUUUGAUCGCGUUUUUUUUUUUUUUUUUUUUUUUUGGUGGACCAAAGAUCAAAAAUAUAGAAAUAAAUGUAUUUAUUAUUAUUAUUAUUUAUUUUUUUAUUCUAUAUAUUUUCACUUUUACUAUAUUUCCUGAUCACAGUAGACAAGCCGGCUUGUAGUGUGCAAUACUUCAGUGAGCCACUAGAUGAAGUCCCGGAAGCUGUCACUUACUGGUCAGAUGUGACGAGUCAAAGUAACCUUUUUGAUUAUUUAAAUUAGUCACUGUGUAUGUUCGAUUCAAUUUCUAUUCAGGUUUCUAACUGUCAUUAUUCAGACGUGAAUUAUUAUUGCGCAAAUGUGCUGCUGCUGAGUUGAUGACACGUGGUGCCUGUUAUUUUUCUCAGCGCAUUUGAGGUUUAACCAAUCACCGUUUAGUUUCCGUAAUCGCCUGAUCAUCUGAUCUGCUGAUGAUGACAGGUGGUCAGUACAUUGAGUGUAAGCUCAGCGAUCAGCAUGGCCACUGAAGUGGGCCGAAACACACUCAUAGAAGCUUUGAAAGAACUGAUCGAAUUUGGUAGAACAUCUUUGGAAAACGUAAAAAAGGACGUCGCCAAAGGUGCUUCUUUGCAAGAAAUUGGCGAUAAGCAAAUCCGUCCUUUGUUUGGUCUGAUGUCAGCUGGUGCCAAGUUCUUUAACAGUCUGGGUGUGAAAAACCAAAAGGAAGCAGAACAUCUAUGGGAACAGUUUUUUCAAAACACUGAUGUUCGAGAUAAUGUCGAAGGCUUACUACAACUAGAAGUGGAGUGGGAUAGUUUUUUGAAACGUCUGGAUGUUCAGAUGCAAAUGAGCGACACAGUUCUGUCCCAGAGUCCUGCAGCCCAGACGCUCCGCUCAGAUACACAGUUUACACACGUCCAGACUAAAGAGGAUGUGUCUCUGGGUCAGUACUUGGGGAAGGGAGAGAAUCUCCUCCUUGUGUUGCUCCGGCAUUUUGGAUGACAGCAUGAAGACCACCUGACUGAGCUGAAGAACAGCAAGAAGCUUCUGGAAGCUCAGUCAUUGCGGGUGCUGGUGGUCUCGUACGGUUCUCUCGAAGGCGCCACAUUCUGGCUUGACCAGACAGGCUAUGAAUUUGACAUGCUGUUGGAUGCAGAGAGAGCGGUGUAUCAAGUGUUCGGUCUGGGAUCAUCUGUCAGCAAGGUGAUGAAGUUUAAGUUAAUGCUCCACUACUCUGAAAUUCUGGUGAUGAACCGACAGUUACCCGAUGUGCCACCUCAGUUCCUCGAUGAUCUCUUUCAGAUGGGUGGUGAUUUUAUUCUGGACCAGGGUGGUAAAGUGAUAUUUUCCUACCGGUGUAAAAGCCCUGUGGACAGACCAUCAGUUCCACAGAUUCUGGCUGCCGUCUCUGCUCAUUCUUAGCAUUCCUGGAGAAAAAGGUUGGCUCCACAGAUAGACAGCUCCCCCAGAGGUUGUAUGGAUGAAGAUCUGACUCAAACUCGUGCACUUAUGAAGAGUCAUUUCUGAUGGGCAUUUACACCCUCUGGUCAUCACAGCUUCUCAUCUGUUGAGUUACAGUAGCACAGACCUGUCUGACCUCUAUAUCACACACCAGUGUCUUAAUUAGAUAAAAUGAGAUUACUAAAUUAAUUUAUUUACAUACAUUUUAUAAUUAUUCAAGACAUAUGAAAUGAAAAUCUAUUAAGCUGUUUAACUACUAUUUACUGUGAAUGGUAAAUGUUUAGGAAAAAAAAUGAAGUAAAAUACAUUACUGAUUUAAUACAUGUAUAUAUAUAUAGGUCUGAAUUUCUUUGAUUAUUGAAAUCAACAUUGAAUAAAGAGCUGGACGUUGGCCAGAAUGAGACUGGACUUUUAUCCACCAUUCAGCAUA